AUGGAAAAAAGCAGGAGGGUAGAAGAGGCUGGAAGAGAGCUUUUGAAAGAGUACCUUCAGAAUCAGAAGAAGAGCGAUUUCGCAUUGAUGGAUUUGCCUUUGAGGACAGGUGACUAUGAAGAAGAAGACGGCGAUGCGGCCAGCUACUCAAGUUCGGAUCUUUUUGAGCUGGAUCACUUGGCAGUUAUGGAAAAGGGUCGGUACCGUGAGGAGCUUCCGGUGUACGAGACUACCCAUGAGUUUAAUGAGAUUCGAGGUGGUAAUAACAAGCAAGAAGGAGAGUAUUUAUGUGAAGGUAAAAUAAAGGGAAAGGUGGAGAUGUUGGGCCACGAGAAGAGAGAAAGUGAGAUGAACGCUUUGUUUCAGAGACUCGGUACAUUUUCCAUUAUUGAAGUGAUCAGCACCGUCACUUGCAGAUUGCGCCACCACUACUCCAAUCCCAACAAGAGCUCUCAAAGUCUCAUUUUCGCUUUGGCAGCAAAAGACAAAGGUAUCGGGACUGGCGAUCCCAAGGCAGCAAUUAGCAUCGGGUGGGGUGGUGAGAAAAUGAACCCGAAUUUCAGAGACAGCCCUGAAAUUCUGCAGAGUUUAAAUUCCCCGCGCCUAUCUCGGCAAUCAUCCAAAUCGGACAGCAAGCGGAAGCAACAAGUGGAGGCACCAAGCCCUGUUCCUAGCCGAUGCUGCCGAGGUUUUGGUAAUGUCAAGACAUCGGGACCAACUUUGUCAAUUUUGCAAUACCAGCAGCAGCUCCAGCAUUCUGAGAGAUUGGAAGGAAAGGUGAUAGAUUUGGAGAAAGAAGUGCAGAGACAGAAAGAACUGCGAGUCUUAUAUAGGAAAAGGAUGGAAAGAACGCAAGACUAUCUAAGAUAUUGCCUCGAGAUAGCACAGGAGAAUGGCAUAUUGGAUCUCAUUACCCACUCCAAAGGCGAACUCCAACAAUCCCCUUUAUCAGUUCAUUCUGUCAACUCCACCGCUAGUCCUCAGAUUCGCUCUCCCAUCCACCGCCGUCAGCACCACCCGGAUCUUGCAGCCAUCAUCGAUCAUGCCAAGAUUCACGGGUGGUACAUUGACCCGCUCGAGAUUCAGCUGGAGGAGAAGAUUGGCCAGGGAACCACGGCGGAGAUAUAUAGUGCAACUUGGCGAGGAUGUGAUGUAGCGGUGAAGUGCAUGACUACGGACUUUUUCAGAACAAACGGCAACGGCGUCAUAUUUUUUGCUCAAGAGGUAGAGACUCUGUCAAGGCAGAGGCACCGGUUUGUGCUUCAGCUGAUGGGGGCGUGCCUGGACCCUCCCCACCAUGCCUGGUUGGUCACCGAGCGUGUGAGUACGACCCUCAAAGACUGGCUUCACGGCCCCGGCAAAAGACGCAGGGACAGGCAAAUCCCACUUCCUUCCCUGAAAGACCGAGUGACGAGGGCUCUGGAGAUCGCCCAGGCCAUGCAGUACCUCCACGAACAGAAUCCCAAGGUCAUCCACCGUGACCUCAAACCCAGCAACAUUUUCUUGGACGACGACCUCCACGUCAGAAUUGCCGAUUUCGGUCAUGCCCGCUUCUUGAGCGACCACGAAAUGGCCCUCACCGGCGAAACAGGAACGUACGUGUACAUGGCACCGGAGUUGAUCCGAUGCGAGCCUUAUAAUGAAAAGUGUGACAUAUACAGUUUUGGGAUCAUACUGAACGAGCUUGUAACAGGAAAUCACCCUUAUAUCGAGACAGACUACAGUCCUACCAAGAUUGCGGUGGAGGUAGUGGAGGGGAAGCUGAGGCCUAGGGCUGCGGAGGACAGGGAAGGGGAAGUGGAGGAGCUGGUGCGAUUGAUCAGACUAUGUUGGGAUGGAAAUCCGACCACGAGACCCUCAUUCGCAACCAUCACGAGUACCCUCAAAGCGUGCAUAAAGAGGGCCUCUUUGGAGUAGCUAAUUUUUGUUAGUUUGUGCUCCAAUCGGCAAUGCCUCUUGUGAUCCAAUUUUUGUCUCUUGCUCUUUUACUAUACCUCAAGUUUUCACUGAAUCCAUCUGCCUGGAAUAAGAUCCGG